AUGAAACUCUGCAUGGAGUUUGCUAAAAAACACCUGAAGGACUCCAAGAUGUGGGGAUUGGGACUGGUUGGCGUCCUGCCGUGCGCCACUGGACGCUCCUUUUUCACCGGGAAACAGCUGAGAGUCUGCAUCCCACCUGAAUACCCCAACAAGGAGUUGGUCUUGGUUAUCGGGGAUUCACAUCUCAGAUCCUUCGUGGAGAGAGAUGUGGACAUCAGAGCAGAUGGCCCAUACUCCUUUGGGUACAUUUGCUCCCCUGGUGCUACAGCUGACACCCUGGAGACUGACGUACGCCAUUCCACUGUUGACCAACGCGUGUCAAAAUGUGUGGUGCUGGCUACGGGCAAUGACUCUUCCACCAGGGGCCAGACAGUGGAGCGGGCACAGAAGAACUUCCAGAGUCUUCUGUCUACAGUAAAACGUCUUUGCCCAAAGACAUGUGUGGUGGACUUCCCGGCUCGUCAUGUGGUCAGUGUGACCAAGCAGAACCAGUUUCGUCAAGCAUACAAGGCAGCAGCAGAGGCAGAAGGGCUGCAGUAUGUCUUCUGUGUGGACAGCUUUCCUAUGAAGAACUUGCGUCUGUGGGCUAAGGAUGGUAUCCACCUCAGUGUACCUGAAGGCAUGCGAGUCUUGUCUGACUUGAUCUGUAAGGCCAUCAGGGAGCUGUCUGAGAGCACCGUGGAUUCUGCCCACCCAAGCACCUGCCGCCCCGUAGCAGUCCGAGUCCCAUCUACCACUCCACAGACGGACUCUGAGGGCUGGGAAUUUGGAAAGAAGAGUCUACAGUUGACUGCCACCACGAGAAAUGUUUCCCUGCGACAGGUCACCGGUCUGUGUGCUAUUCCCGUGUCUGCUGGCCGCUUUGCUGUUUUGUCUGCACCGCAGAAGACUCCUGCAACCUCAAAGAACCCAACUACCCAGGCAACAAAGAAGAUGAAGCAUGCAGCCAGAGUUGGGGAAGCAGCGAGCUCAACAUCAAGCUGGCAACCUCGAGUUGUGCUGAAAAAGCUGGAGACAACUGUGGCAGAGGCGCCAGUCAGACCUGCUAUCAACACAGCACCGACAGAAGAUCAGCAGGUGCAGACUGAUGCUGUGACAGUGACACUACGUCCAUCUACCUGCACAGAGCCUGAAGUGGUCGUGGAAGUGGUGAAGCCUGAUGUGAAGAGACCCAGGAGGACCUCCAGUCCUGUUCACAGAGAAGCAGAUGUGCAGGAGGAGCCUGAUGUGAAGAGACCCAGGAGGACCUCCAGUCCUGUUCACAGAGAAGCAGAUAUGCAGGUACCAAUGAAGAAGGUCUGCUGUGGAAAGCAAGUCCCUGUUUCCAGACUGCAGCGGCCGUCACCCAAAGAGUGCAAUGCAAAAGUGGCCAAGAAGGAUUCCUGCCAUGAAAAACAAGCAUCUGUUCAACUACAGCCUCUGCAGCACGAAGACAGCAAAGCUCCUCAGUUUGACAAUAUUGUUGGGUCAUUUCAUCAAGGACACACAAUAUUUCAUCCACAAAGUAGAGGAAAGCAGUGCUUUAAACACACACACCUGCGGGAGGUGCAUGAAUGGUCUCAGAAAGAUCUAAACAUGGUUUUACUGGAAGGUGAUCGUCUGUACAUAAGGAAGAAGCAUCGUAUUCCUGGGGAUCAGUGUUAUUUGGGAGCUUUUGAUUUUAAAGACGAUGAGAAACUGUUUGGCAAGACGUUUUGUUUGAAAAUGGUCAUUGUUAUUGGACGCCUGCUUUCAGUCACCAACCCUGUGGAAAAAGUAUGUUUUGUCACUUUGAAGACAGCUCUGGAAGAACAUCUUGCUACUGACAACGCUUGUCUCUUCACUAUGUCAGCCACUACAUAUGCUAUUAUCGCUAAAAAUGGCAUGUAUGCUAUUGUGGACUCCCAUGCACGCAGUAAAUCUGGGAUGGUAGAUGGUAAUGGUUCAAGUGUUGUUGUGUUUUUCAAGAGCAUCAGUGAAGUUUAUGACCACAUAAUCCAACUUGGUGCAGGAUUCAUUGAGCCAAAUGUUCAGUUUGAGCUCAAUAGCGUGGCAGUGACUUUGAAAGACUGUGACUGUGAUGGUGUGACUGCUGAGCCUACUCUGGGCUGUCCUGAACCUCAUGCUAAAGCCAAACUGCAUGAUGCAAAUGACAUUACAAUCGUUGGUCAUGAGGAAAAUGCUUUGCAGUUUAAUCCUCUUUCUGAAAAAGUAUGCAAGGCAAUUUGCAAAUUUCUUAAUGUUGAAUUUGAAAAUUGCAAUGUUAAAGAGUCCUUAUGCGCUGGUGAUGCCGGGGUGCCAUGUCAUAAUGAGAAGAUUGUUGCUGAUGGUAACUGUUUCUUCCGUGCCAUUUCUCAAGCCAUAAGUGGGACACAGAAACACCAUAGAAGAAUCAGACUGAAUGCAGUGAAGCAAAAGAAUGCUGAAAAAUAUCACUGCCUUUUGAAUCAAGAACAUCAGGAUUUGACUGUGGCAGAGUACAUCAAACUGCAAAAGAUGUGUUAUGUCAACACCUGGGCAACACAAGCUGAAAUUCAAGCCACAGCUGAUUGCAUUGGAGUUGAUAUUUAUACCUUCUAUCAAGGCAAAUGAUUAAGAUUUAAAAACAGUGAAAAACAACAGUCUGCUGAAGCCAUCUACCUACAGAAUCAUGGAGCUCAUUAUGAACAUGUUGUUUGUGUCAAACAAGGCCAACAAAAUGACUGUUAUAAACUGUGUACCAGCAGUAGUUCCAUACAAACAAAAGAACUACAAAAACAAAGCAGCUCAAUUAACGGCGGAAACAUGUGUCUCGAAUGUACCUCUGACUGCAAUAAACCAUGUCCAUUACAAGAAUCAAGAGGAGAGCUUUGGAUGUGCAAGGUCUGUCAUUCAAAGAUCCGAAGAGGUGUAACCCCAGCAGAAUGGUGGGGAAACAAUUUACAACUGGAUUCAAUUCCUCUUGAGUUAUCUUGUUUGAAUCAUCUGGAAAAACACCUGAUUUCUUUAAACAUUCCAUUUAUGAAAGUAUUGGCUUUACCAAAGGGUGGUCAAAAUGGAUGCCACGGACCAAUUUUUUGCAUCCCUUCUUCAGUAAAUCAUACUUGUUCUGUUUUGCCUCGGUCAAAUCUAGAAGGUUGUCUGUUACGUGUUAAAUUAAAGCGCAAGCUAUCUUACAAAGGACAUUAUGAAUAUCACUUUGUUGACACAAAUCACCUGAAAGAAUCACUUAAAUAUUUAAAGGAAAACAAUCAAUAUUAUCAAGACAUAGAAAUAAAUGAAGAAUGGGUGAAUGAGUUUGCUAAGGAAGAAGAAAACCAAGCACAAGACGACUCUAAUGAUAAUGCACAAAAAAACAGUUCCCCUGAGGAUGCACAAGACAAAACUCAACUACAUGACCGGCAAAACCACUGUAUUUAUCAAGAUUCUUGUUCCAUGCCUGUUGAUCUUGGUCAAGAAACUCUUGAUCAGGGUUUUGAAGAUAUAAUUAAUCUGGCACCUGCUGAAGGAAACAAUCCUGUGCGUAUUUUGUCAGCUAAAGAUAAUGAAGCAAACUCCUUUCCAUAUCUUUUUCCAUCAGGGAACAAUACUUAUCAUACACCCAGACAGCACUACUUGACAUUGGCACGAUAUUUUAAUAACAGAAUAUUGCACGCUGAUGGAAGGUUUGCAAAGUGCGUUGAAUAAUUUUUUUUUGCACAAUACAUGUCAGAAGUUCAGCAAGUCAUUCAGCAAGUGUCAAUAGCAUCACGCAAAGGACACACAAACCCUGCAGGCCAAAAAGAAAAUGCUCCAGAAAACAUUGAGUCUUUGCAAGACAUCAUUAAGACUGAUGAAGGAUAUCGUUUUCUAAGGCCUAUAAGAGGUACUCCAAGCUUUUGGCAAGGUGCACAAAAGGAUUUACUUGCCAUGGUGCGGAAUCUGGGAAAACCCACUUUCUUUUGCAGUUUUUCGUCUGCAGACUUGCGCUGGGGAGGGCUUUUAAAUUCAAUUUUGAAGCAAGAGGGGAGAACUGAAACUUCUGAGAGUUUGGAGUAUGCUGAAAGGUGUGAACUGUUGCGUAAUCGCCCUGUCACUGCAGCACGCAUGUUUGACUACAGGUGGCAUCUCUUGUUGAAUUACGUGUUACUAUCUUCAUUGAAUCCAAUUGGAAAAAUUAAAGAUUACUUUUAUCGUGUAGAAUUUCAACAACAUGGAUCACCCCAUGUACACGCUUUAUUUUGGAUUGAGGAUGCUCCUGAGAUUGGAAAAAACACAGAUGAAGAAGUGGUGAAAUUCAUUGACAAGUACAUAACAUGUGAAAUACCCACACAAGAUCAGCAAUUAGCUGAAACUGUUACCUCCGUGCAGCAACAUUCUCAACAGCAUUCGAAAACAUGUAAGAAAAAGAAUACAGCCUGCCGGUUCAAUUUCCCACGCCCUGUAUCUGAACGUACUUUCAUCACCAAAAAACAGAAAAUACCAAAGUGCCCAAAAACAAAAAAAAAAAAAGACACUGUUGAAUGCAUAUGCUCUCAGAAUGAACAGAACUUUAUGAAAGAAGAGGAUGCAAUGAAAAUACUGACAACUGUUAAAAAAGCACUUCUGGAUAAAGACAAUCCCAUUACAAGUAUCCAGCAACUGUUUCAAAAUGUUGGCAUUACGCAGGAAGUAUGGGAGAAAGCACUUAAAUGUGUUGAAAAACGCAUGCAAAUUGUCCUGCAAAGAGAUGCCAAUGAAAUUUGGAUUAAUCCAUAUAAUCCAAUUUUGUUGAAAUGUUGGAAUGCCAACAUGGACAUCCAAUAUGUGGUUGAUGUAUAUGCUUGUAUCGUUUAUAUUAUCAGCUAUAUGUCCAAAUCUGAGAGAGAGAUGGGGCUGUUGUUGAAACAAACACACCAAGAGGCAACAAAACAGGGAAAUUCUGAUGCCAAAGAAGCAAUGAAGAAGAUUGGUCAAGCCUACCUCCAUAACUGUGAUGUGUCUGCACAAGAAGCUGUGUACAGAAUCACUCAAAUGCACCUCAAAGAAUGUACAAGGAAAGUUGUGUUUAUCCCCACAGGUGACACAAUUUUCAAACUCACCAAACCACUAAAUGAACUGAAAAAGUCAGGAAACAAUGACAUUUGGAUGACUGGAUUUGUGGAUCGAUAUAAGAACAGACCGCAGAAUGACACUUUUGAUAAUAUGUGUAUAGCCUCAUUUGCUUCAGAGUAUCGUGUGUUAAGUACAUCAGAAAAGAAAUCCAAAAAUGUGAUUAAGUUACAGAAUUCAUGUGGCUAUAUUUCAAAACGUUUCAGAACCAAACCUGCUGUUGUGCGCUAUGCACGGUUUUCAGAAACAAAGAAUCCUGAGCUAUAUUACAAAAGUCUGUUACAGCUGUUUUUUCCUUAUGAUAACGACCUCAAACCUUCAUCAUUUCAUUCUUUUGAACAGUUCUACAAAGAGGGCACAUUGCAGCUUGGCAACCAGACCGUUUCAGUGAUGUCAACUGUGAAUUCAAACAGAUCUCACUAUGACAUUGAAACUGAAGAUUUGGAAGAGAUAAAAAAUAACCUGGACUCUAAUGAAAUAUUAGAGGAUGCUUGGGCCAUGCUUUGUCCUGAGCAAGAAGCAGAACGUUUGGAAGCCACUGAUGAACUUGCACAGAGUAAACUGGAUGAUGAAAACCCCUUACCCCAUAUUCCUGAUUUAGGGAUAGCUAACAAAGAAACUGGUCAUUUAGAAAAACAACACAAUGCGAUGACUCGAGCUGAAGGUUUGGAUUUAAUUCGAUCUUUAAAUGACAUCCAGCUGUCUAUUUUUUUCAAAAUACAAAAGUGGUGCGUACAAAAAGUCAAUGGAAAUAAUCCAGAACCUUCACAUGUGUUCAUCACUGGUGGCGCUGGCACAGGGAAAAGCCACUUGAUUCGGGCCAGUCAGUACGAAGCCAAUCGUCUAUUUGCUCCAAUGCGACGCCACCCAGACAACAUGAGUGUUUUAAUAACAGCACCCACUGGUAUGGCAGCAUACAAUCUAAAUGCAUCUACAAUUCACAGUGCAUUUAGCAUUGGAACAGAUGUGACACUUCCCUACAUACCAUUAGGUGAAGAAAAACUCAAUUCUCUCCGUGCCAAAUAUAUUGAUGUGAAGUUAGUAAUCAUUGAUGAAAUAUCAAUGGUUUCUCAUAAACUGCUCACGUAUAUACAUGGACGGCUGAGGCAAAUCAAGCAAAGAGGUGAUGUUUCCCCUUUUGGAAAUGUCAGCCUUAUAGCAGUUGGUGAUUUCUAUCAGUUACCUCCAGUUAUGGCAAAUGGUUUGUACACUGACAAUCUACCUCUGAACUUUUGGUCAAGUUUCAAAAUGGCUGAACUGAAAACAAUUGUCAGACAGAAGGAUACCACAUUUGCAGAAUUACUGAACAGAUUAAGAACACGAUCGAAAGGGACACCCAUGCUUCAUGAAGACAUCCACAUUCUACAAAGUUGUGAAACUGGAGAGGAGUCUUCUGCUCUACAUAUUUUUCCAACAAAUUCACAGGUAAAUGAACAUAACUUUAACCAGCUCAAAGCCACUUGUCCUGACUAUCAAACAAUAGAUGCACAGGACUAUCACUACAACAGGAAAACUGGAAAAAUGGAAAGCAAAGUCACACCUCACAGUAAAGACAACCUCACCAGUCUGCAGAAACAGCUAUUUUUGGGUGUUCCUGCCAGAGUUAUGCUGUGUAAAAACAUUGAUGUGGAAGAUGGAUUGGUCAAUGGAGUCUGUGGAACUGUAACACAUAUUAGUGAAACAGAAAGAAAUGGACUUCCUGAAGCUGUGUAUGUUCAGUUUGAUGACAUCAAUGUUGGUACACAGAGACGAAAGAAGUACCCAUCCACUGCACCUGCUUUAAUAAACUCCACACGGAUACAGCCAGAGGAGGAAAGGGCUAACAGCAAAGGGGGGAAACGUCGUCAGUUUCCUCUUGCACUUGCCUGGGCUGUUACAAUCCACAAAGUACAAGGCCUGACUGUUGACAAUGCUGUGGUGUCGCUAAAGCAAGUGUUUGCCUCAGGACAAUCUUAUGUGGCUCUAAGUCGUGUAAGAAGUCUAGAUGGCCUUAUUAUCCAGGACUUUGAUGAGAAGGCUAUUUAUUGUAAUGAUGAGGUAAAACAUGCAUUGGAAGCUAUGCCACGCUUCUUGGAUGACAAUGUGUCACAAGCCAAACAGUCAGCUGAUGUGUUAACCUUGUUUUUGAUGAAUGUUCAGGGUGUAGUAAAACAUGUACCUGAUUUGGUGUCAUCCAUGCAGCAUUUACAGCCUGACUGUAUAGCUGUGACAGAAACAUGGUUAACAUCUCAGUCUGCGCUUCAUAGUGUUGACAUAGACGGUUACAGUUUCCACAGCCGUCCACGAAGUCUGGCAUACGAACACAGCAAGCAUCCAGCUCUUACUACACUCAAAAGUCAACAUCAUGGUGGAGUGGGCAUGUAUUGCUCCAACGACACUAACUAUCACUUUCCUGAUGCACCCCAAUUUAAUUUGGAGUGCUUAAUUUACAAAAAUGUAAAUCAUCAGGUUUUAGUUGCAGUUGUGUAUCGACCACCAGCAUAUCCCAUGUCUGUGUUCAAGCAGAACUUGAAAAAUCUGCUAACUUGGCUACAGGCACAAAGUCAGUCCAUUGUUGUUAUGGGAGAUUUCAAUGAUGACAUAUUGAAAUCAUCAUCAGUGUGCAAUUUCAUGACCAGUUACGGAUAUGUUCAGAAUGUCACAUCUCCAACUACAGAACGAGGCACUUUGAUUGAUCAUGUCUAUGUCAAAUCUCAACAAUAUGAGAUUUCAUCAGAAGCUGUUCCAACAUAUUUCAGUGAUCAUCAGGGCAUAGUCUGCUCUCUUAAGCUGAAGUCUGUGUAG